GCGACAGUCAGUAAAAUGAAAAGCUCUUUGAAUGUUCUAUUUGCAGUUUUUUCAAGCUUCUGUGCAGUUAAUUGUGCUCAGUUUAAAGUGACAACCCAAGUUUAUUUCGAUGUGAAUCAUGAUGGUGUGGCACUUGGAAGAAUUGUCUUGGGACUCUUCGGAGACGAUGCUCCAAAAACUGUCAAGAACUUUCGGGAAAUUUGUCUUAAUGGCAUAGACGGCUUGUCAUACAACGGAACCCGCUUUCAUCGCAUCAUCAGGAGAUUCAUGAUACAGGGUGGCGACAUACUGAAUGGUAAUGGCACCGGAUCGACAUCGAUUUAUGGCGAUUAUUUCGAGGAUGAGAGUUUGACGAUAAAUCACACAAUUGGAGGUUUUUUAGGGAUGGCAAAUCAAGGACCAGACACGAACGGUUGCCAAUUUUACAUCACGACAGUCGCAACAUCAUGGUUGGAUGGAAAGCAUACAGUUUUUGGAAAAGUGACCAAUGGUCAAGAUGUUGUCCAUAAGAUAGAACGAGUGAAAACCACAACAGAUGACGAACCAGUUUCUUCGGUCAUUCUUUCUGAAUGCGGAGAAAUUGAAGUUGAUAAACCGUUUUAUGUUUCUGACAAUCCUUAUGACAUUAUGGGAUGGGUGAAAGCGUCAGCAAUACCGCUAACGAUGUCUUUUACAAUCUUGUCAAUUUUUCAAUACUUCAUUAGGAAAUUGGAUAAUCUUUCCUGAGGGAAAUUCAAACAAUUUUUUCUUUCUUUACUUCAUCGCUUCAAUUUAUUUCAAAUAAAAUCUCAUAAAAACAUGAAAAUUUUAUUGAUGUGUUAUCAAACAUUAAUCAAUGAAUAAAAAUUGUGCUAAAUGAUGUCAAAUUUUCACAUGUCAAAUCAAUUCAUCAAAUUUAAUCUCUUC